AUGUCCCGCACAAUGCACCGCACAAGGUCCUUGCUCCCUUCCUUGCUUGAGGAGACGAGAGAGGAGAUUGCUGGAUCUGGAAAUGGAGGUCAGCACCACCUACAGGACAAGAGUGCUGCUCCUCUCCGACUCUUCAAGGUUAAUGGUGUAUACCUGCUUCUGAGCUGCCAUGCAAAGACUCUGUUAUCUCUUGAAUUUAUCCACUGCCAACUUUAUCCUGCAGGCAUGGAUAAAGUUUGCAUUAGUCUUUGCCAGCCAGGUUCCCAAAACUACAAGUUCCAGUCCUUUUAUUCUGCCUUGGUCAUAAUGUUAAUUUUUCUGCCAUAUGUUAAAUUUGUUGUCAUAUGUAGGCCAUCAGAUAACUUGUGUAUGUUCAUCUAG